UUAAAGAACCCACAAGGGCCAUGUACUCUGAAUGAAGGCCAGGUCGGUCAACAUCAACAAUCAACUAGAUCCGAUCUAGAAUCUAGGCCUUGACUCUAGAUCUCUAGAUCUAUUGACAAAGAACGAAGGAGACAGUUGAUUUUGUGGUCAACCAUGAAGGGCAUGAGUGUGAGAUACUUUUCCCACCUACUGCAAUCUGUCCAGCAUUUUGGAAAAUCACCAUGCAGCCUAUGUAGACACGUUACAUCACCGAAACCUUGUUGGGCAUCUCUUUUCGCUGUAAAUAAUCAUGGAUUCUUCACAAAGACUGACCAUGCUCAGGACGGACCUUUUGUUCCGCGCCGCACGCUGAUGUAUGUGCCUGGCCACGACCCUAGGAAGUUGGGGAAAAUUCCCAAUUUAGGUGUGGAUUGUGCUGUAUUAGAGUGUGAAGAUGGUGUCGCCCUAAAUAAAAAGGAGGAUGCAAGGAAAAAUAUUAAAGAAGCUCUGAGUAGUCUUCAAAUAGACAACAUCGAUGUAGCACUGAGAGUGAACUCAGUGUCUAGUGGCAUGAUGGAGGAUGAUUUGACAGCCAUCAUUGGGCAGGGUCUUGGAUCUACUUUAGGAGUUGAACAGCUUCCACACACCAUCUUGUUACCGAAAGUGGACUCUGUAGAAGAUCUUAUUAUUUUCACAGAUCGAUUGCAGGCUGUGAAAUUAGGGCGGGACUAUUGCCCGUACCUCAUUACUUAUGUGGAAAGUGCCCAGGGACUGAUGAAUAUGAAGGAUGUUCUGCAUCAUGCGACGGAAUACUCCAAAGAUGGCGUGUACAAGAUUGAUGGUGUCGUCUUUGGCUCAGAUGACUUCUGCGCUGACAUUGGAGCGGAGAGGACUUUGGAUGCUAAGGAAUUAACAUAUGCACGUCAAAAGAUUGUUAUGGUGGCUAAAGCAUUUAGGAUUCAAGCCAUUGAUAUGGUAUAUGUGGAUAUUCACGACAAAGAAGGUCUCCGAGUGCAGUCAGAGGAAGGUGCCAGAAAGGGAUACACAGGGAAGCAGGUAAUCCAUCCAGGUCAGGUGGCUGUUGUGGAGGCAGCUUUCACACCCAGCCCAGCCCGAGUGGAGUGGGCCACUGAACUUAUCCAGGGCUUUGAUGAGCAUCAAGCAUCAGGAAAGGGAGCAUUCACAUUCAGAGGACAGAUGAUUGACAUGCCCCUGCUAAGACAGGCCAAGAAUGUUCUACAGAUUGUGAAGAAUGUACAUCCAAGAUGAAAUCAUUCAUGCUACUUUUACUCUUGUCUUUUCAACAAAUACUUGUGAGAAUUCUCCAGUGGUGGAUAACAAAUUGUGUAAUCAGUGAGGCUAGCUGAGUUGAUGCUUAAUAAAUGAUCACUGAAUUUUACUGACAAGGAUGCAGCUUAGGCAUAGUAAGUGUAAGACUUCCUGAAGGUCCUAUAAAAUUCAAAGAAAAGGAAAUGGUGUUGGUUUGCCUGUUAACAAGGACAGAAACUAUGAUACAGAGGUAUGGAACACAGAAAGUUUUCAACACUGAUACUUUCUGAACAGAAGAAGGUAGUUGAAAAACAUGUGCUAGCUCAUUACUGAAUUAAAAAUUCAGUAUGGUAUGUAAAACAGCUCUUGCUGCAAAAUACUUGUUGGACACAAUGCCUUUUUCUUCUGAUAGGGAGAGUGCCGCUCGCAAAAAUUGUUCAUUGUUAAAAUUUUGUCUGGUACUUGAAGAGUGUAGAACAGUGUUGCCUCCCUUGUGUAUAGCGAGUCCUGUGUAUUUGGCAGUCACGUCACUGUCUCAUCUCCGACAGAUUUGAAUAAAUUUGUGCCAUAAAUGUCA